UAUGUGGUCCAAAAUUUCACGCAACAGUAACUUGCCUUAUGUAUUCCUUACCCUCCCUAUGUAUCCACAUGCUAUUUAAAAUAUGCUCAAACUCUCUACAAUUUUCACACAAAAAUGGCUAAAAAACUUCACAGAAAUUCUCAUUUCAUCAGCCAGCGCAGUAGUUUUCUUGUUCCUCGACUUGCUCGACGCGAUUUUUUGUGUGUUCUUCAGACUGAUAGAUGAAUUCUUGGAAGGUAAAGGGUCACAUUGUUACUGUUCCAUAGAAAAUGAAAAAGAAAAAAUCGACACGGAUAAUGAAGAGAGUGAGUUGUCAAAGACGCUUUAUAACCGGAGAAAUGCUUUUAGGGAAAUGGGGUUUCGUAGAAAUGUUAAGGAAAAAGUGAAUGAAAAUGUGAGGUGGUCUGAUUGUGCUUGUGAGAAAUGUGUUUCAUGGAUGAGUAAUAUUGGAGCAGAGUUGAAGCUUCAUGUUGUUGUCAAAGAACAGGAACAAGCUAACUUACAGGAUUUCAAAGGCAAGAAAGCAGAAAAUAUAGUACUUUUACAUGGUUUUCUCUCAUCAUCUUCAUUCUGGACAGAGACAAUUUUUCCUACUCUAUCUGAAGAUGCCAGGCAGAAUUACAGAUUGUUAGCAGUUGACUUAUUGGGAUUUGGAAAAAGUCCAAAACCAAACAAUUGCUUAUACACAAUUAAAGAUCAUGUGGAAAUGAUUGAAAAAUCAGUGGUCCAUCCAUUUGAGUUGAAUUCAUUUCAUAUAGUUGCACAUUCAAUGGGCUGUGUGGUAGCAUUAGCAUUAGCUGCAAAAUACCCUGAUUCUGUGAAAUCAAUCACCUUGAUAGCACCACCUUACGUAACUUCAAGAAAGGAGGAUGCUAGUUUAACAACACUCAACACACUUGCAGCUAGAAGAUUGUGGCCACCUUUGUUAUUUGGUUCAUCAUUUAUGUCAUGGUAUGAACACUUGGGUAGAUGUGUGUGUUACAUCAUUUGCAAAAACCACAGAAUUUGGGAAGGAAUUUUGAAGUUACUCACUUGGAAUAGGAACCUACAUUUUAUGGCAAUUGACUUGACUAGGCACACUCAUCAUUCAGCUUGGCACACAAUGCAUAAUGUGAUAUGUGGUGGAGCAAAGUUUAUGGAUAAAUAUUUGGAAAUUUUAAGAAUAGCCAAGGUGAAAAUCAAUGUUAUUCAAGGUAAUAGGGACCAAGUAGUGCCAUUGGAAUGUAGCAACAAUGUAAAGAUGAAAGUGCCUGAUGCAGACGUAAAAAUUGUUGAUAAGGCAGAUCAUACUUCUGUAGUCAUAGGUAGAGAAAAAGAUUUAUGUAAUGAUUUAGAGAAGUUAUGGGGGUCAAUAUGCUAGAAAUGGGAAUUCAACUUCUUGAUUUUGAUUUGUAUGAAGAUACAAGCUCUUCUUUUGUAGCGGCAUUGUUUUAAGUUGUGAAAGCUAAAAUGAGUACAAGUUCCACAUA